AUGUUUCCCCGGCGGUCGUACGUCACAAGUUGUUCCCUGUCGGACCGCUGCUGGGAGCGGGCGACCGGGAGACGGGGCGAAACCGGAGAAGAUGGCAGAUGAGGAGGAUACGGGGCAGGAGACAGCUGCUGUCUCUCCCCCAGCGAGUCCUCCGAAAACCCGGCCUUACUUCGCCUCCUUCUCCGAGAGCGUCCAGCCAGCAGUCGGCAUGAUGAGCCAACUACUCUCCCAGCCGUCGUCCCUUAAAUUCGACAAGAACAUCAAGCAGGCCUUCUACAACACGGGGGCUAUGAUCUUCGUGGCUAGCUGUUGCGGAGCCACUGUCCUAGUUUACUUUAUUCUGGAAGCCUUCCUCCGGCCGCUGCUGUGGGCCGUGCUGUGCGGCACCUUCCUCCACCCCUUCAAGCACUCCCUGGCCCGCCUGGGCCGGUCGUGGCUGAGCGGCCUCCAGGAUACUGGGACGCCCAUCGUGGUCGGGACGCUGCUGGUCCCCGUGUGGUGUGUCAACCGUGGGAUCGAUGCUCUGGGGAAACUGGUACUGGAGCGGCUCACUGUGCUGCUGGUGAUCGGGGCAGGGGCCCCGCUGAUCUACUUCUUCUACCUGUUCUGGAGAGUCAUCGGCAUGGAGGUGAUCAUCGGGCACGUUUGCACAGUAAUCGGGAGCGCGCUGGACUGCUUCCACUCCGUAUGGGUGUGCACGGUGGUGGGGGGUUACAUGUUGGCGGUAGCCUUCAAGUGGAGCCCUAGCACGGAGCGCUACCUGCGGGCCGUGUCUGUACCUGUCUGGGCUGUCCUCCUCUUCUACCUCGUGUCACUCACCGGCUCGUGGAGAGUCCCCAUAUUUGUGGUCGUAGUCAUACUGCUGGCUGUGGGUUCGCAGGAGAAGCCACCAGCCCCUGGUAAAGGAGAGUUGUCCGGGCAGGUGUUGUCGUUCGCUGCCAACACCAUCUACAUGGCCAUCUCCUGCUCCAACCUCCGCAUGAAGCCCCAGACGGGGGACCCAGCCACAGACUCUGGUGUGGACUCGUUGGGCCCCGGUCCUAUUCACAGUACCCCCGGGUUUCCCAGUGCCUCCCGCUCGGUCCCCAGCUCCCUCUUCCCCAAGGUGAAGCGCUCCCAGAGAGCCAGCGAUAUCUACUUUGUGCUGCUGGUCUGGGCUUUCGUGCUGGUCCAGGUCUGGCUCAACCUGUGGAUCCUGCAGCUCCUUCCCAUCCCUGUGGCUGUUUGGGUGAUAAAGAAGCUGGUGCUUCGCUUUGGCCUGAAGGGCUUUGCCGAGCGCAGGCUGGCUUCCUGGUGGGCGGUGCUUGAGCAGUUUGCGCGUGAGCGACAGGAGGCCCUUCUGCCUGGACCAAUCAAAGGGCUGGCUCAGUUCCUGCUCCGCAGUGACACCAAGCUCUGGCAAUGGCUUAACGAGAAGAUGAUCGUAUGGUUGGAACGUUCCCUGGAUAAAAUCAUCAGCAUCUUCAUCAUCUUCCUACUGGUGACAGGGACCCUGCUGAUGGCUCUGCUCCUCACUGCCAUGGUCCACCACGAGAGCGCGCACAUCAUCGACGUCACCAGCAACCUGAUCAACGAGACGGUAUCCAACCACCCCGAGUGGGCCAACUGGCUGCCGGAGGCCUGCGUGGUGCAGAAGGUCCUGAACUCAGCAGCCACCAACGUCUACCAGCACGGGAGGGAGUGGAUCACGCAGAAGCUUCAUAAGAUGCUGGGAGACAAGGUGAACCACACAGACGUCAUCGAGAAGCAGGUCCUGGAGCUCUGGGACAGACUGUACCAUUCCUGGUUUGUUAAGAACGUGACCCAGUCGGGCCGGCCGCGCGGCCACAAGGUGUCUGCCCAGAGGCAAAACAGCUGGCUGGGGAUGGACAUCCUAGACUGGAAGGACGUGGCCUCCUUCGCACAGGAGAACAUCGAGACCCUGCUGUCGAUCCUGGAGUCCUUGUGGGUGGUGAUGAGUCGCAACGUGGGCCUUCUCAUCUCCACGACCACCACGCUGCUGACCGUUCUGUUCCACAGCGGCACGGCACUACUCAACUUUGUGCUGAGUCUGGUGAUCUUCCUCACCACCCUGUUCUACUUGCUGAGCUCCAGCGGGGAGUACUACAAGCCCGUCAAGUGGAUCAUCAACCUCACGCCCCUGUCCCAGCCCGGGCCAUCCUCAAACAUCAUCGGCCAGUCGGUGGAGGAGGCCAUCAGAGGUGUGUUUGACGCCUCUCUGAAAAUGGCUGCCUUCUACGGCCUCUACACCUGGCUGACGCACACUAUAUUCGGCAUCAACAUCGUCUUCAUCCCGUCCGCUCUGGCUGCCAUCCUGGGUGCGGUGCCCUUCCUGGGGACCUACUGGGCGGCACUGCCGGCCGUGUGUGACCUGUGGCUGGCCCAGGGGGAGGGCGUGAAGGCCCUGCUGCUGCUCGUCUGCCACCUGCUGCCCACCUACUUUGUGGACACGGCCAUCUACUCGGACAUCUCAGGGGGCGGGCACCCCUACCUGACUGGCUUGGCGGUGGCCGGCGGGGCCUACUACCUGGGCCUGGAGGGCGCCAUCAUCGGGCCCAUCCUGCUGUGCAUCCUGGUGGUGGCGGCAAACAUCUACAGCGCUAUGCUGACCAGCCCCAGCUCCACCCUGCCCACUCCCGUGCAGCCCUCCUGGCCGCUCGGGCCUGGCAGGGUGUUCCUAGACACGACUCCCACCGUUCCGAAGAAGGCCCGUGAGUAAGGCAGUGGUCGCAGUCUUCUAGUCUUCACCCUUCAGGGGUUGCCCUCACUGAGUCGUCUGCGGAGCGUUCGCUAAUCCAUGACGGCAACUUCUCUGGCCAGAGGACACACGUGAUGAAAACAAGAUUCUAGAGGGCAGGCCGGCCUUUGGAGACCAUUUACUACAAGCUUGCUAUUUUUAAUAGUGGAAUAAUCCGGAGACACAGUGCCUAUGUUAAUGUUCUUAUUCUGACAAAUGGCCAAAUGCUAUGAGAAAAUGAUGUGGCCAUAAUUUGAUUGGGAAUGCCAAAUUAAUUAGAGAUAAUUUGAUGAUCAAAAUCUAGUGUGAGGAGGCUGCUUUGCGUGGUCUGGUCGGCGCUGCCCUUACCUCGUUCUCUUGGCGUCCAGCUGGAUCAAGCAGGAUUUAUAUUACAAGUUGUUUGGCUCGAACUCUUCAUCCUGAAGCAAUGUUUAUAUAUAUUUAUAGAGAAUAAGUCUUUUUUUUACGUUCUACUCUGGUAUUGGUUCAACAGCUUCAUUUUUUCCACAUACCCCCUGGACCAGGGUCUUGGUACCCUUUUGUUUAUAUUUCUGUUUUAAUGUCCGUACUGCUGACCCUAUUUAACAAUAAUAGUUUAUAUCUGCUACUUUUGCUGUACAUGACGCAAGUAGCCACGGCGAUAUUUGUCUUGAUUAGGUGACUUUUUACAAAGGUAGAAAAUAAUAAGUUCUGUAAUAUUUCAGGAGGAUUUAUUUUGCUGCCUGAUUUUCUUUUGUCUUGACCUGUUUGUAUACAACAGACACACAAAGGUAUCCAUACACACACACACACACACACACACACACACACACACACACACACACACACACACACACACACACACACACACACACACACACACACACACACACACACACACACACACACACACACACACACACACACACAAACAAACAAACAAACAAACUCAGCAAUGGCUCGGUCUGUUUCAACACGUUGCGAAGACUACAGCUUGGCUGACUCCUUCUACAAGCACUUUUCUGCCUAAUUUCUAUUAGUCUACCCAUGAGGAUAAGGCCCAUGUCAUGGUUAUAUUAAGAAUUAGGACGGGUGAAUUAUAAAUCUGAUGCCAGACACUAAUGUGCAUACCAUCUUCCAGUAUUUUUAAGAAAAAAAACAAAUUCACUUUACUGGGAGUUAACACUUACUCCCAGUAAAUAUAUUUCGACUGAAUAUUAAGGAACUGUUUACAUCAUUUGGAGCUUUAAUGAAUAACUUGUGAUUCAUUAGUAUGUGAUGCACAUAUUCUCAUGAAUGCCUACUGUGUUGGCUUCCCACUCUCACUCACACUGGGACUCGUCUCGGUACGGUCGUUGGGCGACUCGUUCCACUGGUUCACUAAUGUAAUGUUAAUGUGCGGUAGAAGAUUUCUGUGAUGUUUUUAUACGUGCACAGAUCUAAUAAACAUUACCAUUUUACCAACUGGGCUCCAUUUUCUUUUCUUUAAGUUAUUUUGAACAAAAAUAAAGCUUUGCCUUUUUGGUCUCCCUGUCCUGAGUGUAGCGUGGUCUGACCGGCUGAUUACUCCUUCGAACCGUGCUCAAGGCAGGAUCAAUGCAUUUACCACUGGCAUGCCAUUGUUUUGCACAGGUUAUUUUACCUUGAUUACCAGAUACACCACACUGUUCUUGUGUGCACGAGUGUCACGUUUUUCAGUAGAAUAGUUUGUGAAGGAGUUUAAGGUUGACAUGAUUUAAAAUAUACUGCUGUAUAAUAAGGUCUGGCUGAUUCAGCCAAGGGCACAGCGGCCCAUCCUCUGUUCAGUUUCUCAGGGCAGCUUCGCCAUUUUGCUAAAUUUAGUCGCAAGUAUUGACAAUGGACACACUGAGGUGGUUUAAACAAAAUACAAAUUAAAUAUUUUACCGUUGUCACUGUGUCCCCGU